AUGGCAAAUUUCAGUUUUCCUAAGCCUUUGUUUGGUACAACACCUGCCACAACAACCACUAGUUCAUUUACAUUUGGACCAACAACAAGCUCCACCGCUCCCGCAUUUGGUGGUUUCGGCACCACCAUGAAUCCUCCUCAAACAUCUGCUGCAUUUAAUUUUGCUGCAGCAAAUCCAGCAGUAACCACUUCUGCUUCAGCAUUUAGUUUUGGCUCAGGAACGACGGCAGCGAAACCUCUGUUUGGUGCAACAACCGCAACAACAACAUUUGGGCCGCCAACAAAUAUCUUUGGAUUAAAUACCACUGCUCCCACAGCGCAAUCAGCACCUACCUUUUCCGGUUUUGGUACAGGAGCAACCACAACAAAUCCACCAAUGUUUGGAGGCUUAGGAUCCACCAUUAAUCCUGCACCGGCAGCAUUUCCAUUUGGUGGCACGCAACCCCAACAACCAGCCACUCAACCGUUUGCUGGCUUUCCAUCUCUUCAAUCACAGCCACAGUUUUCAGGUCAAAUUCAACAACCACAACAACAACAGGUUUAUAAUCGAGACGAUGUGUUGAUAACAUCUUUAACCACGCCACGGUUGUUCAAUGAUGAACGGGACGAUUUAAUCUUAAAAUGGAAUAUAUUACAAGUAUUUUAUGGUACAGGAAAGACAUUUUGUCAUCAAGGAAUUUACGAAGUUGACGAUAAAUCAGCAUAUCACGCAUUCAAAACAUACUCUUAUAGUGUUCGUCCUCGUACUCGCGAUGAAGAUGGCCUUGUUGCAUUAAUCCUUAACCAGAAAAUAGCUGAUGUUAUUAAAGUCAAAGAUAAAAUUAUUGAAAAUUUACAUCGUUUAUUCAAUAAUAACCCAAAUUGCCUUAUUGAACUUGAAGGUCUGUCGCCAUUGGCCGAUGACAAAACUCAGAUGUUAAUUGUUGUUAGUGAAAAACAACCCGGCUCAUUAUCGACAAAAAAAGCUAAAGCAAGUGAUGUUGUUAACCAUCUAAAUCCUCCUCAACAAACUCAAUCACUUUCCACAUUAUCAACAAAUAAUACCAGACAACAUUUAGAAUCACUGGGCAUUGUUCAAAUAUUUGCUCGAACCGAUUUAACAGAUGAAGAGUAUAAACAGUAUUUAGAUGUAACACCAGCAGGCCUAACAGGAUUUAUAUGGGAACAAGCUAAAAACGAAAAUCCCAAACCACAGUUAUUAUUGCCCGUAGCACUUGUGGGUGUGAAAGCGCUUCGUGAUCGUAUGAAACAACAAUUUAUUGAAUAUGAUGGACAAAAACAAGAAUUAAUCAACAUUCGUCAACAAAUUCGAUCUGUAAAAGAUCAAUGUGAGACAUUUCGUUUAACAAUGAAACGUUAUCAGACAAAUCUAUUAGAAUAUUCACAUAGAAUAUUAAAAGCCAUAAUUCAAUUUGAAAUUCGUCGACGUCAACAUGAAUCAAAAUUAACAUCAAAUGAAAUUCAGCUAUGGACGUCGAUAUCUCCUUUAAUCUCAUAUUCUUCUCUGAAUCCAUCAAAAAUGUUAGAUAUACGAAUUAAAGAUUUGCUAAUGCAAAUACGUAUGAAUCCACAAAUAUUGAAAACAAUUAAUUGGACUUCACUGGCUACGUCAACUCUUGACAAUGAAAAAUUAGAGACAAUAAAAGAUAUUUUACAUGAAAUACAUCGUGGAAUUAAAAAUAUUGUCGAAAUUGUACAAAAUGAUCGUCAAACAUUACUGAGAAUUGAUGAACGACUACCAAAAUAA